AUGAAUGAAAAUCGCCCUAAGAGAUCAGAUACGUUGGGAAGCAGUUUGCAGGAGGCAGAUGGAGAAGGACCAGAAGAUGCGGCUUCUUUGGAGAAAGGGAAACGUCGGAGAUUAAGGAGACCACCGACGCAAGGUUCCCGGAGGACCAAGAGCACAGCUUCUUCUCAAGAUGAAUUAACGAAAGAGACAACGACCGUUGAAUCAGAUCCCAGAGACAUCCUCGAAAAUCGAGUGAAGGAACUAGAGAUGCAGCUUGAGCAAGUAGAAGAUCAUUAUGUAAAUCUAACAGAGGAGGUCAAAAUUGCACGAUCUCAAUCUGAAGUGGAGCAAGAAGACUACGAAGACAUUGUCUCAGUUGCUAAGAGAAACGUCCAGAAAACGGUUUCCAAAAUUCUGGAGAAACAGGAUAGGAAAAGGGAACUACAGAGCAAAAUGGGUGAUACACAGGAAGAAGUAUUUUCAGAGGAAAGACAAAGAAAGAGAAAUCAAGCCAAGGAAGAAGAAGCCUUGAUAAGGAACAUUGUCAUAUUGCAAACUAAAAUUCUAAUAUUAGAAGGAAAGAAAAGUGAACGAGAUCGAAUAUUAAGUAAAAUCAGCGAAGCCGAGAAAGAACUUUCAGAGAUGGAUGAGCGCCAUGAUAAAUCUCUUCAAGAGACUAAAUCUGAAAUGAUUGAAAAGUUUGAAAAAAUUUGCUACGAAUUGCGAGAUCCCAUCAAAGCAUUGUCAAACCAAAUAAGCCAACUUUCACAAUCUCAACAAGUUGCCGCUCUCAAACAACGCACACUCUACAUACUGGAAACACGAUACAAGCAAGCAUCUUCUUUACUUCUUAAAAUUUACGACGACAACAAAGAACUUCGAGAAAAGGCGCAAUCUCUUAAACGAGAGCUAAAUGUGAGCAACUCUUUGGCUCAAGCAAUGUCGGUAGAAGUUAAAAAGACCAAACAGGAAUUAACUAACGAAACUGCUUAUCAGAAGAAAGAUAGCAAGGACAAGGACGUAAAUUCUACAACACAGAAUAACUUUAUUGAACUACAAAAUCUGAAAAAACAGAUAAAAGACUUAGAGACAAGAUGCUUCGGAAUGUUGGACUACAAACAGGAGCUUAAUGAAAUAUUAUCUGAUCAAAGGCAAUAUAUUACAUUACUGGAGGAAAAGGAAGAAAAACAAAGAAUAGCUCAUGAAAAAAUGUCAUCGAUGUCAAAAGUUGCCGAAAAUUUUCUUUUAAAACAAGAUGAUCAGGAAAUACCCGAUGAUAUUUUGGAUCACUCUGAUUUCUUGGAAAGUAUGUCGAAUCUUCUGAUGGAAGCCGUUGAAUCUAAAAAUAUACCCGAAUCAUGCAUCAGUAGCAGCAGCAGUGCAUUCUAUGAAAAAGGUUUUAUUGGCCUAAUACCUAAAAGAAAUUGAGCUGUUUCAAAAAUUCUCUGAAAAUGGGCUCAACAUACUAGAACUACUGCUUCAAUUUGCUUAUUUUUCGAGCUGAAGUUAAUCGUAGAUGUAUUUUGAUAGUGUAAUGAAUUUAAUAAACUUUUUAUUCCCGAUUAUAA